GUAAUAAUCUAUUUUCUUUAAAUACUAUGACCGACCAAAGCAACUCGCCGUCGGCGCCUGCCCCCCAGAACCCUGCUGAGCCGGCCACUAACCCCGUCCCUCACAAGAGACGAAGCCCUCACAGGCUGAUCGUCGAGGAGGCCGUGAAUGAUGACAACUCGGUUGUUUGCAUCUCCCCUGCUAAGAUGGAGGAGCUAGGCUUCUUCCGUGGUGACAAUGUCCUCGUCAAAGGCAAGAAGCGCAAGGACACCGUAUGUAUCGUCAUGAGCGAUGCCGAUUUGGACGACCAGAAAAUUCGCAUGAACAAGGUUAUUCGUAAGAACCUGAAGGUCCGUCUUGGUGAUAUCGUGGGAGUCUAUGCUGCCGGCGAUGUCCCCUAUGGCAAGCGAAUUCACGUCUUGCCUUUUGAUGACACCAUCGAGGGUAUCACAGGCAACCUCUUCGACACAUACCUCAAGCCUUAUUUCCAAGAGGCCUACCGUCCCGUUAGACAAGGCGACUACUUCUUGGUCCGCGGCGGGUUCCGUCCUGUCGAGUUCAAGGUUGUUGGCGUUGACCCCGGCGAGUACUGCAUCGUAGCCCCCGACACCGUCAUUCACUGCGAGGGGGAGCCCAUCCAUCGUGAGGAUGAGGAACGCUUGGAUGAUGUUGGUUAUGACGAUAUAGGAGGCUGCAGAAAGCAGAUGGCACAAAUUCGAGAGAUGAUCGAGUUGCCCCUCCGACACCCUCAACUUUUCAAGACCCUCGGUGUGAAACCUCCUCGUGGAGUUCUCCUAUACGGCCCUCCUGGGUGCGGCAAGACCCUCAUCGCCAGAGCUAUUGCCAACGAGACGGGCGCAUUUUUCUUUUUGAUCAACGGCCCUGAGGUGAUGAGUAAAAUGGCAGGGGAGGCGGAGUCUAAUUUGAGGAAGGCCUUCGAGGAGGCUGAGAAGAACGCCCCUGCUAUUAUAUUCAUCGAUGAGAUAGACUCGAUCGCCCCCAAGCGUGAUAAGACCAACGGUGAGGUGGAGCGCCGUGUGGUGUCCCAGUUGUUGACCCUAAUGGACGGGCUCAAGUCCAGAGGGCAGGUCGUCAUACUGGGUGCUACCAACAGGCCCAACUCGGUUGACCCAGCUCUGAGGCGCUUUGGCCGAUUUGAUCGUGAGCUCGAUAUUGGAGUUCCCGAUGAUAACGGGCGUAUGGAGAUCCUCAGGAUUCAUACCAAGAAUAUGAAAUUGGCUGAUAAUGUUCGCCUUGAGGAGAUCGCUGCCAGUACUCAUGGUUACGUUGGUGCUGAUUUGGCACAGCUGUGUACGGAGGCUGCUCUACAGUGCAUCAGGGAAAAGAUGGACUUGAUCGACCUCGACGAUGAUAACAUUGACGCUGCUAUCCUUGAUUCGAUGGCCGUGACUCAAGAGCACUUCAUGACAGCUAUGCAGAGCUGCAAUCCAUCGAGCCUUCGAGAGACUGUUGUCGAGGUACCCAAUGUGAAGUGGUCUGAUAUCGGUGGCCUCGAGGACACCAAGAGGGACCUACAGGAGAUGAUUCUGUACCCGAUCGAUCAUCCUGAGAAGUUUGAGCAAUUCGGUAUGCAGCCCAGUAGAGGUGUGCUGUUCUAUGGUCCCCCUGGUUGUGGUAAGACUAUGAUGGCCAAGGCCGUCGCCUCAGAGUGUAGCGCCAACUUUAUAUCGAUUAAGGGCCCUGAGCUGCUCACUAUGUGGUUUGGUGAGAGUGAGGCUAAUGUCCGUGAGGUCUUCGACAAGGCCCGAUCGGCGGCUCCUUGCGUCCUGUUCUUUGAUGAGCUUGAUUCUAUUGGAACCUCUCGUGGCAGCAGUGCUGGUGACGCUGGUGGUGCUGGUGACCGUGUUAUGAAUCAGCUCCUGACUGAGAUCGAUGGUGUUGGUGCCAAGAAGAACGUCUUCUUCAUAGGAGCUACCAACAGGCCUGAGCUCCUGGAUGAGGCCUUGCUCCGACCUGGCCGUCUGGAUCAGCUAAUCUACAUUCCUCUGCCCGACCUGCCGGCCCGACAGGGAAUUCUGGAGGCCACUUUGAGGAAGAGCCCGGUGGCUCCUAAUAUUCCACUGUCGUUCAUAGCCCAGAAAACUGAUGGCUUCUCUGGUGCUGAUUUGGCUGAGCUCUGUCAACGUGCAGCCAAGGCGGCUAUUAGGGACGCAAUAGCGGCUGAGGAGCUCAAGGCGAGCGAUGGGGAUGAUGCUAUGGUCGAUGCAGAUGACCAAGCCUCAGCUGAGAUUACUCGGAAGCAUUUCGAGGAAGCAUUCGCUCACGCUCGUCGGUCGGUGAAUCAGAGUGAUCUCACUAAAUACGACAACUUCCGUAUGAAGUUCGAUCCUCUGUAUAAGACUCAAGUUGGUGCUACUGGGGAUGCUGGUGUCGUUAUCAACUGGCCUGAUACUGACAACAACCAGUUCAAUAACGAUACGGCUGAUGCUGAUGAUGAUGAUCUCUACAGUUAAGUGCUAUGAUCCAAUCUCAAGUAUCCAGUGACGCUGAGGGUACGAUGAAAUCGAGCGAGUUAAAUACUAUGAA